AUGGCAGAUACUUCUUUUACCAUCAAUCUCAUCCCCACAGGGGACGAAAAUGAUUUUCGUACCAAAAAUGAAGACGGGGAGGUGUUUCGAGCUGUGAUGGUUUCGAGCCCCAAUGACUCCACCCUCAGCAUGCGGGGCAAAAUCGAAGAGAUACACCACGGCCAGAUGACCCAUGAGGGGCAGUCCCACCCCGCGACACUCCUGCUGUUUGACUUCCGCUUUCAAAGCGAGGCGAGUAGGCGGCGCUACUGCACGGCAAAGAUUGUUUUGGAGUUUUUUGAUCAGGGAGGGGUCCGCAGCAAGGACCCAAUCGUGGUCGAGAUGGCACCCACCAUGACCAAGUAUCUGAACCGCACUUCUCGCACACGUGAGACUAAGAACAGCGCCACUGCUUCUGCCCAAGUGGGCCAGGGGCCCUUCUCCUCCGGUCUGGGCUUUGGAUGGGAGGUCCAGGAAACGAGAACUUCCAAUUACAGCACUCGUGUUUCCGCUCGACCAUGGCACAGUGAUCCUUCGUCGGCCAACGAAAACGCGGUGAUCUGGUCGAUGGAGGAAAAUGGCCACAAGAAAGAUGGUGUGCCUUCAUUCUUACAGACUGCGGUUCUGAUUAGGCGCAGUGGGAAUCGUCCUUUCAUGGCCAAACUCCGAGUGGACAGUAAAGUGGACUUCCGCUCCACGGCUCGACGGAUUUUCCCGCUGACCACGGACGUCGACCACAUUAUCGAUCCGGUAACACUGAUGCCAGAUACCACUCAAGUUCGUUCAUCCGCGGUCACUGGGAUCCGAGAGGAUGACUUACAGGCCAUGGAGAAAUUGCCCAUCGCGCAGUACUUCUGUGUUGACGAGCCUGGGGGCGAUGCGGCAGCAUCCGAUCUCAACAUGACAUCCCUUUCCCAGCAGCCCAGUUUGUUAAAGUCGGAGAGUGAGGCGACUGUGUCGUUGAAUUUGUCCUUGGACAAUGGUACCAGUGCUUAG